AGUAGAAUAGAAUCACAUAUACUCACCAUACACUAAAUGUCAUGAGUCAACCACUAGUAAGAAAAAUAAGUUUCUCAUGGGAAAAAAAGCCUGGUAUCUCAAAGGAAACGAGUACUCAUGGUGAAAAUUUAAUCCAAAAAGAGCAAGAAUUUUUGCCUAAGUUGCCACCUCCUCCAAUUUCAGUAGAAGGAGCAACUACUCCUAGAAGAAAUAAUGUUCAUGAUUUUCAAAUUCCACUUCCUCCUUGUGCUUUUCAGCCUCCUUUUUAUAGAACUUAUUCCAAGAAGGGUCUUUGGGUUCAAGAUGAUGAUCCUUUCUUUGCAGCUUACAAAGAGUGUACCAAGAAUCAAAGAAGUGGUAUGAGGGACAAAAAGAUGAGUAAAAGUAAAAGUAACAGUAAUUGUUUUUGUAAAUCAAGGUUAAGGAGAAACAUGUCUUUUUUCUCAUGUAAGAGAUCUUCCUCCGUUUGUGUUUGUGAUAAUAAUUUCGUUAGUAUUUCUCAUCUUCCACACAACAUAGAUAGAGAUUGAUUUAUGUUUCAAAUAGAAUAAAAAUGUUUUUUACACAUAAAUUUAGACAUAUUUAUCAUAUAUUUUAUA